AUGAUUCCGCGGUGGGGUGCGGCAGUUGCAGUCCUCUCCCAACCCCCGACGGUCGUCAUUCAAGGAGGCAAGACGGACCCCUCGGGACAGUUCUCGUACUCGUCGGCCCCAAACAGCGGGGAUACAGUCGUCCUCCCUCUCAUGGCCUCCUUCCCCACCUCUAACCCGCCCUAUUCCCUCUUCCCCAAUGGGCCCUCUUACGCAUGGCACUGCCUCGCACCCCUCUUCUCCAAGGAUGGGGAGUGGACCCUUCUCUCGUUCGGUGGCGACGGCGGCUGGGCAUCGCCCAUAAGCGACGUUCGUUCAGCUCACCUCCUAACCCUCAACCCCACUACUGGAACCAUGAAUUACACCCAGCUUCCUGAGGGAUUGGGCGCCCAGCCCAGCCGCCGCGUACGGCACUCUUGCGCUGCUCCGGCCUCGGGAGGUAAGGUAUACAUUACGGGUGGACAGGAGACGGACUACAGUGAGACGUUUGCACAGACCUUCGUCUUCGACCCCGAGAGCAUGAGCUUUAGUCCACUCGUACACCUUCCUGCGGCCAUUUACGGCCACUCGUCGGUACUCCUGUCCAAUGGCACGCUUCUUGUCAUGGGGGGAGUUACGUCACAAAGUGGUGCCAUAGCACUCCAGCCUCUCGACACGUUGUACGCCCUCGACACCACGUCCAGCUCGGCAACGUGGGAGAGCAUAAAUGUCCCCGCCGCUCCGGUGGCACGGCGCAGUGCGUUUGCGACACUUAACCCCGACGGCUCGGUGUUCGUUUUCGGGGGCGCCGAUGCCGAGGGCAAGCCCCUCAACGACGGGUGGAUACUCGACCCGCAGCACCUGAGCUGGACGCAGACGUUUGAUGGAGGGAAUGGGGUGUUGGGUAGAUACGACCAUGUCGCUGCGACGGGUGGCGGCGGCCAGGUGAUCGUAUUCGGAGGCUACGGCAAGAGUGCGCCGGUUCCUCCGGACACGAUAAUCAUCAACUCGAGGGCCGCCCCCGUUGGCAUGCACGCCUCGGGUUCGACCAGUGGGGAGAACGUCUUAACCGCAGGCACUGGGGUGGGCUCACCAACACCGACGUCCACAGACUCGUCGUCGCCCAUAGGCGCAGCGCCGAGCAUUGCGCCUCUUACGCUGGGUCUCACUGUCGGCCUGAUCGGCGGCGUGUUACUCCUUGGCUUCGCCUUGCUCAUGUUUUGGUGGUGUCUCCGCCGCCGCCGCCGCGCCAAGAAGAAUGAGGAGGACCGCCAGAACCUCAUCCAGGAUGACAUGGAGAAGGGCGCCUUGGAAAAGGGUGCAGUUCUCCGCAACUCGCCGCGCGACAGGGGCCACCCGUCUCCGCAGCGGCAGAAAUCCCUCUUACAGCGCCUCGGCACCAAGAUCUGGCGCCGGCCCGCGUACGUCCCUCUGGGUGGUGAACCGUACCGCAAACCAACCAUCUUCGCCGCCGAGACGCGGGACCACUUCCAGCCUCAGCCGCUGCUCCCUUUCCAGGGUGAGAACAGCCUCCCGCUCCCACCUAAGCCGUACAAUCCGGACGACAUCGUGUUUAGCCACGAGCGUGACAUGGGUGUCCGUGGCGUCCCCGGAUGUUUAAGCAGAAACCCUCGCAGUGCCGUCAGUGGCGAGGCCGUUGUCGCAAGCGCUGUGAAUGGGCUCGCUACGCGCCCGAGCUACAGGCCUCAACGGACUGCCGAGCUUAGCAACAUCACACCGUUUCCCUACACCGCGCCUGCCCCUGAGCCCAUCGCUCCAACUGUUGUCGUCAUAGGAGGGGAGACUGCAAAGGCGACCCACGAAAUGUAUGAGUCGGACGCGCACUUGUCCGACGCAUACGACGCCGACGAGAGUUCGGCUGGUCACCGGAUACUCGAGCGACCCUUACCCCACCCGCCCGCGGAGCCCAGUCAGGUCUACGUCUACCCGCCCCUCAGUGCGACCAGCUCGGCCUCGUCCGCGCGCAGCCACGGCAGCGACGCCUACACAUCAGAGGCGUCGAGAGGUGUCCCCGCCGUCGCGCAGCUGAUUGGUGUCGCCGGGGGACUGAGCGGAGCGACGAUGGCACGUGCCUCCUCAAAGCGCAUCUCCGGCAAGCGCGUCUCAGGCCGGAAACAGACAGCACCAUGGGACGCUUGGGACCCGAAGAGCGACACCGAGUCGAGUGCGUACCACUACCCCCUUGGGCCCAAAAUGGGCACCACCGUCUACGACCCGGCCGGUAACCGCCUCGGAUCGGCCCUCCACGCGCGAACGUACUCCAACCCCUUCACGGACACCGACGACGAUGCGCCCCUCCUCCUCCCACCGAAAGAGAACCUCGGCGUCCCGUUCCCUGCCCUGGCCCUCUCUUCCCAGGCUCUCCUCCAGGCCAAGCCCCUCCCGCUGCCCCAGGCCCAUCCCCAGCCGGUCUCAGUCAAGACAGUUCCUAGUGCGAGAGAAACGUCGCAGGAGGCGGACAUAACCUCGGUGCACUUUGGGCCCCGGCCUAUGCCCGCCUCACCUCCGCCGCCGCUCCCACUCAAAUCUCUGAUGUGCGCCGAGCUUGGCGCUGAGCUCGAGGUACAUCGUCUGAGCGCGGUCGAGAGCAUGAGGAGCGCAGCCUCGCAUUCGAGUGUAUUCGGCGCCCUCGGCGAGCGCGACCUCGACUUAUCAUUUGACUUUAUCCCCCCCGUCGCGGUACCUUCGCCGCCAGCUAGCUCGUCGCCGUCAGCUAGCCCGUCGCCGCCUCCUUCGCCUAGCCCAGCCCGCCUGCACAUGCCCUCGCACUUCGAGAUCCCCCUAAUCUCGAGACCCACUGUCGAGAGCGUGGAGGACGACAUCUUGGAGGGCACCACUGGACCCCUUACAGCCUUCGCCGGGCUUGGGAUCUACACCACCCGCAAGAUGAGCGGCGGAUCGGACAAGGAGUUACCACCGCGCCCAGAGUCGCCAGAGCCCAUGUCACCGCCGUCCACCGAGUCGCGUCUCCCCCAUCAUCUCCAGUACCCUCCCCCUCCUCCCCUUCCGGUGUGUCCCUCCUCUCCACUGGGCAGCCUCGACUCGCCGCCAACCGUCACCGCCCCACUCCGGGUACGCCCGCGUUCCAGGCCGCCGUCGACCGCGGAGAUGAGCGGGGACAUGAUUACGCCAGCGAGCACGCGAAGUCCCAGCGGCGCCGAGGCACCACUUGCCCUCUCGGCCAUGGAGUCGCCCAGGUUCGCGGUGCUUGAGGAGCCGCCCAGUCUUGCGACGCUUGACGGACCACCCAGCCUCGCUGCUCUCGACCGCGUUCUCCAGAUCUUAUCGCCCUCGACAACGGGCACAAGUCGGACAAGUAGCAACAGCAGCCUGGAGAAGUUCAAGAGCAGCUUCCCCACCCUCUCGCCCGCUAUCACCGGCGCGAGUGCAUCGAGCUCAGGGUUGUCACCAACACCGCCGCCCACAUCCCUCGCCACUCGGUACAUCGGCCUACCUCCCUCCUCACCCAGCAGGCUGCCACCCUCCCCUCUGGCCGUACCCCCACCCUCCCCCCUCGCAGACAGACCCGCGCCACCAAAAACUCCCACUCGGUCCGCGACAAUACCCGCCCGGCCCAGACCCGCCCACACUGCGCCAAGCACACCCACCCACCACCGGGUACGACAGGGCUCGCUUGCGAGCUUUCCGAGCCAGGCGUCCCUCCGGCCGGGACAGGAUGGGUUCGUGUCCACCAUGGUGAGCAACAUCAACCUCCGCGACACGCCAGAGAGCGUGCGCAGCGCGCGCCUCGACAGCGAUGAGGGAAGCGUGUUUUCGCGGUAUCAGUAG